AUGGCAGAAAUCCAAGACAAAGUUAAAUCCCUGAUUAGAAAACGCUCAACUCACAAAGCACAAAUUACUAAUUAUAAGAAAUUUCUCGAAGAGUAUAAAAAGCUUCCGACAAGCUUAAUUAAAUUAAACGUUCGUUUAGAAAAGUUCAAAGCUAGUUUUGAAAAUUUUGAUCAGGUUUCGGAUGAUCUUGAAACUCUUGACGAAGCUAGCAGUCAUGACGUACAGAGAUUUGAAAUCGAAGAAGAUUAUAUCAAUAUUUUAACAGAAUUUGAGGAACUAAAAGCUGUUGCACAACCAAAUACUCAAAGUGGUAUCGCGAAUAUUUCAGGUUCCCAAGAUGCGAAUACAGCAUCAAAUUCUGCCUCACGAACAAUGAAACGACGUGUCAAAUUACCAGAAGCUUCACUUCCUAAAUUUAGCGGAAAAUAUGAAGACUGGUUAUCUUUCAAAGAUGCCUUUACAUCUAUGAUUCAUGACCAGGAAGAUUUAAGCAACGUUGAAAAACUCCAAUAUUUAAAAUCGGCAGUAGUCGACGAAGCCGCGAAUAAAAUUAAGACAUUGGCUAUAACUGAUGGUAAUUAUGACCGCGCGUGGAACUUGUUAAAGAGUGCAUACGCAGAUAAACGUUUAAUUAUUUCCAGACAUCUCAGCCUCCUUCUUCGGCUUCCUAAACAAGAAAGAGAAACCGCGGAAGGGCUGAGACGUUUAGCAGACGAAACGCAACAGCAUUUAGAGUCCUUAAAAACACUGGAUAUUAAAAUCAGCGAAGAGAUUGUUAUUCAAAUUUUAGAAGAAAAAUUAUUUAAAAUCACAGCGGAGAAAUGGGAGGAAACUCUGACACGCGAUACUUUUCCAAAAUUAGACGAAAUGAUAGAGUUUUUAUAUAAAGUUGCUUCUAGAGUCUCUAAACGCGAAAGAGAUAACAAUACUCAAAAAUCAACUCAACCUUCUAACUCCGGUAAACCGUUAAACAAUAAAAAUACUAAAAAUAAGUCGCCAGACGCGACAAGACAAGCUUUCGUUUCGAAAACCGAAAAAACUUGUUCAAUUUGCCGUGAAGCAGGACAUCCUGUAUAUAAAUGUAACAAAUUUCGAGCGUUAAGUGUUCCUAAGCGAAUCCAAGCAGCCAAAGAAGCAACUCUUUGCUUGAAUUGCUUAAGAAGUCACGGGGAUAAACCUUGUAACUUUUCCAAUUGUCUGAUUUGCUCGGAACCUCACAAUACGUUACUUCACGAUUCAAAAACGCAAGGAAGUUGA